AGGCUCACUCAACAGUGAUAGAAGGAGGGAAUCAAUAUGGAGUACAACUUACAUCAACUGAGAGGUGGCAAUUGCGCCACAACAUGCUUUCACUAGAAACCAGAGGGAUGUAGUUUUUGACUAUUUUGAUAGUGCUACUAGUACUAGGUGCAAAUGCAAUGAAGAAAUGGCUGGCUGAUCUAGUUAUGGUGGAGAUGAUAUAUAAUGAUUGAAGUUUAUAUUUACUAAGAUUUUUAGACAGGGAUGAUCGCUAUUUUUUCUCAUGAUUGAAUUCAUUUCCACGAGAGUGAGUUUGAGUACACAACAGCAAGAAAACUGACUUCUUGAAGGUCUUUGUCAGAACCUAAUCAUCAGAAAAGAUGUCGAUAAAGUUACGAGAGUUGAUUCGGAACAUCCGAGGUUGCAAGACUGCAGCCGAGGAAAGAGCGGUGAUCGCCAAAGAGUGUGCCGCAAUCCGAACGGCGUUCCGAGAAGAAGAUUCCAACUACCGACACCGAAAUGUCGCCAAACUGCUUUUCAUUCAUAUGUUGGGAUAUCCAACGGCCUUUGGGCAGAUGGAAUGUUAUGGAUGGCUUUUGGUUGGAUUGUUUGUUGUAAUACCUCUCGUUAGCUAAUGGUAGGGAGGUAGCGGUACAACUAGUAUGUCUCUGCUUUUGAUCUAUAAAAAUCUUGUUAUUGUUGGUUUUCUUGAGUCAAAAAAUAAACUCCCCAUGAUUGAUCCUCAGCCCCACUCUAACCUUUCUUAAAACUGAUCGCUUCCUCACGCUUCCCGGAAAAGCGUGUUGGAUACCUUGGUUUGACGCAACUUUUGGAUGAGAAUACGGAAGUUUUGAUGUUGGUGACGAACUCCAUCAAAAACGACAUGGCGAACGGUUCUCAGUUUGUACAGGGAUUGGGGAUCUGCGCUUUAGGAAACGUGGGCACAGCGGAGAUGUGUGCCGCUUUGAGCAGAGAAAUCGAAAUGAUGUUGAACAUCACGAAUCCGUAUAUCAGGAAGAAAGCAGCGUUGUGCGCACUGCGAGUGUGCCGUAAGUGCGAAGACUUGAUCGAAAAAUUCAGACCGAAGUUAUGCAAACGAAGUCGACCGUCUAUACUAGUACGCUACUGGUACAACCCACUCGAGGAAAUGUAGAUGGAGGUGAUUCAUCAUGCCCCCCAUGCAGUAGAUGUGUUUACUUAUAUUCCUUGGACAACCAAGAAUAUUAGUCCUUGUGCCCUCCAAGAAUCCCCUUUCAUACUCCGUCCGCCAGCUGCUUGAGGAUCGGAAUCAUGGCGUUAUGAUCAGCGGGAUGGCUUUGUUGCGGUCGAUUGUUGAUGCUUGCCCGCCUGGGGCCGAACGGCAACAGACUCUGCGUGAAUUCCGUGACCUGAUUCCACAUCUAGUCCGAGUUUUGAAAAACAUGUUGAUGUCCGGCUAUGCCAACGCAGCUGAAUACGACGUAGGCGGCGUAACAGACCCCUUCCUCCAGUGUAUGGUUUUACGAACUCUCCGUACUUUAGGCGUGGGAAGCACAGAAGCAAGCGAGGAAAUGAAUGACAUUUUGGCGCAGGUGGCGACGAACACGGAAGGAGCAAAAAAUAUCGGAAACUCGAUUUUGUACGAGUCAGUCCAAACGAUAAUGGCGAUUGAGAGCGAGACGGGGUUGCGUGUGUUGGGCAUCAACAUCUUAGGACGCUUUUUGCUGAACCGGGAUAAUAAUAUCAGGUACUCGACGACACGAUUUUUGCAAUUCAUCAUUGGAACAGCUCGUCUUUUACCUGUUAGUUUAGAGUACUAAGCCUAAGUACAAAAAUGUAAAUAAUUUUUCACGGCAAAAAAACAACGCACUCCACCUACUCUUUACAGGUACGUCGCCCUCGCAAUGCUUCAGAAAGUUGUGAAAGUUGACGCUAAAGCUGUCCAGCGGCACAGGCAGACGAUUUUGGAAUGCCUCAAGGAUCCGGACGUAAGUAUUCAGAAACGAGCAUUGGCGGUACUGAAAACUACACUGACUUGUUAUUUUGAUAUUGAUGAGGACGUAAGACGAUAAUUGAUUCUUCAAACUUAAUAGAGUUAUAGAAGCAAAUAAAAACUUUUUCUUCAGGUGCUCUACAACCUAAUAAGCGAGGAGAAUGUGAAGCCGAUGAUGAAAGAACUCUUGAACUUCUUGUUGGUGGCAGAUGCUGAUGUCAAAGAGGAGCUAGUAUUGAAGAUUUGCCAUUGCGUAGAUCGAUUCGGACCGAACAGGAGGUGGCAAGUGGAUACGCUCGUGAAGGUACUUGUUCUCUUGGACUACAAAUCGUGCGAAGAUCUGUGUAGCUGGAGGAGAAUCUUCGCUUUGUUGUAGAUUGUUUUGACCACUCUUGAAAUUUGCAUGCCUGCUACAGACUUUUCAAUUUUAUUCCGAAACCUCCGAACGUAUACAUCCGGAAAUCAUGCUCAACGAACAACACAUCAAAGGUAAUGUGCCUUGCCGGCAAUUAUGUGCAGGAGGAAACGAGGUCGCACUUCUGCCAGAUAGUGGGUGCUAGUGCGCCUCUUCAUACGUAUGUAGCGCAUAAGGUGUACUUUUCGAUACAGGAGAACAUGAACCAGGAAGCGAUGGUUCUUACGGGCAUUUGGUGCAUCGGAGAAUAUGUUACGGACGAUAGAUGAUACUUCAUGAUGUAGAGACGUAGAGGUGGAGGAUCUUUAUUCUUUAUUACAACCCUACUUGAUGUGGCAACCACCUCUAACAAUAGCGACUAUAUUACCUAUUCGAGAUUGUGUUCAACAUGAUUUUCAUAUAAGAUGCAAAGUACCUCCUUUUCCGAAUAAGAAUAAAAAUCGAGGCCCUUGGUCUAAAACUGACUACUCGAUUAGCCCCACAAUUCUGGCGAGUGUCAAUUAUUCGAUUUACAUCUUCGAAUAGAGGAAGAUACGUUAAUAUUAUCCUACGUACUCGAUUGGCUCCAUCUUCCUCUAACAAUAGCGACUACCUCGUGUCCGGCGACGCAACUGGGCCUGGUGGGGAGCCUAUCAAAAUUUCACCUAGCGACGUUUUAGAUUUGAUCGACUCCGUCUUGCGACGACCGCAGUACGCUGACGCCUACACGACCAAGCGCAGUACGACAGUGUUAGAGCAUUGCGUAACGGCUUUGAUCAAGCUCUGUCCGAAGAUUCCCAACGAGUCGAACAGAAUAAAAGAAAUGCUGAAACGCUACGAAACGCACAUUUCACCGGAACUGCAGCAGAGAUGCUGUGAGUACAUGGAAAUCCUCUUGCCAGUGUGGAAUUCAACUCGGGCGGACAUAUUGCAAAGGAUUCCACCAAUGGAAAAAACGGGAGGGAAGAAGGACGUAUUAUUGACAUGCUUAUCUUCUCGGUGUUGGUAGCUCUAAGUCUAGCUGGUGACCGAAUUUCGAUUUUCGACAAAGAACCAUUCUUUGACUCACCAACGAAGUCAACAUCCUGAAUUGUUUAAUUCGAGUAAUUUCAAUGCACAUCCACACCCGCACCAGCAUGAGUAUCCAUAUCGCUUUACUCAUGAUCCAGGUCGGCGACACAGCUAUUGAAGAGGUUGCUGCUUCUGGUAGUGGCGGCAACGCCAACACUCGUGGCAAAGCAGCCGCACAACCGAAGAGCGCUGGCGACGAUCUACUCGACUUGCUCGAUAUUGGAAAUGCUAAGCCGCAACAGCUAGCCAUAACCAAUACAGCAAAAGCAGGUGGUGGCGACGACUUGCUAGACCUAUUAGGCCCAAUGGGCGGAGGUGGAGCAGCAGCGACCCAAUCCACUGGCCUUCCGACGCAAUCCAAUGGCCCUGCCGCAACAUCAUCGGGUGGCGGUCUAGAAGACCUAUUAGGUGGUGGGGGUCCAAUGGCAGCAGCAGCGGCCGCCGCACCGCCAGUAGCAGCAAAUGGCAGUGGGGGAGGAGAUUUGUUGGGAGACCUCCUUGGAGGUGGAGGAAGUUCGCCAGCACCAGCACCGGCUGUGCCAGCAGCAGGGGGGCUUAAGGAAAUAACAGCGCUCAGCAAAAAUGGACUUGUGGUACUCCAUAUUUAUACUCUACAUUUUUCUACCUGGGCUUUUCUUUCUACGUAGAUAAUUGUGAGAUGAUUCUUACUCUGAUUUUAAAAACUUCUUAGUUUGGGAUUGCUGCAAAAAACCUUCAGAUUCGUUUCCUCUGUGCGAAGCAAAGCGACGUUGUCACCAAAGUCGAAGCCGUAUUUGACAACCAGCAGAGCGUUGCUUUCGAGUCGUUCGCUUUUGAGGUCGCGGUCCCAAAGUAUCUGAAUCUGCAGAUGCAGCCGGCCUCAGCUGCGGUACUCCCACCGCAAUCCGUAGGACAGGUUAGACAGGUGUUUCUGAUUCAAAACCUGCAACAGAAGGCGAUUGCGAUUCGUAUGAGGAUUCGGUUCACGGUGAACGGACAGGCGGUUACGUUGCAGGAACAAGUAGACAAUUUCCCGACGCUGUAGAACUAGAAGAUGAACUAUGGAGAAUGUUUGAUAUGAGAAUCGUCACUCGUGGUCGUGUAAAGAUGUCAUACGUAGUACGCGGUCGAAGAAGAGCGUUGAUAAAAACAACUAAGUCUAAGGUUUACUUGAUUGUUGCUAAAUUAUACGACUAUGAACUUCAAAGAAGUGGAGCCACUUAAAACCAUUAGUUGAUGGUCAUCUUACAUACUUCCUUCAUCGCUCGAUGUCUAGCACUGAAUGACUCCUUUUUGUAAAUAGAAGAAUUUGCACAACAAGUUUUUAUGCUACAACUAACAUCAGACUCUACUUCUACAACUCUUCCGUCCACUUUUUACAUGAUUUGGUCUCCCGCCCAAGACGGAGGAUAAUGAAGAAAACCCUAAAACUAACUAAGAAAACCCUAAGAUCGGCUUGCCUAGAAGCCCGAACCGGUGAAUCCCUUUUACCGACCCAAACACAUAAUCGACCCACAAGUUGGUCGUACAGGACAGUUCUCAACAACUCUCACAAGUCCACGUUCGUUUGCUUCUGCCCUGGCAGAC